UCAUGCGUAGCUCAUGCAGUACACUGAUACUGGUUCUGACAAACUAUGAUACAAUUGUCUGCUCAUAUAGAAAAAUAUAAAAUCAUAUAAUGAAGUGUAUAUAGAAUGUUUUUCAUCAGCACCAAGGCUGACACGCUCAUUCUUAAUGUAACAUUCCUGAAUUAACUAAACAAAGAAGCACAUGAAUCAGGAAUGAACGGAGGGGUCUAACAUAAAGCCGUGAGUGACAGGACACAUCAGACAGCUGCUGGAUUAUUUCCAUGGCAAUAUCUCAUCCUUGGAAGGCGUGUCACACUCCCAAUCCCAAUUACUGAGCUAUCCUUUGUCCUCGGUUCGCUUAGCCAGCCAGCGAGACUCAUGGCGGCUGCACCCGUCAAGCAGCGCUCAGGGCCGGGGGGACCACGGGCGCAGCUCCCGCCCUGCUACUACGAAGGAUACCUGGAGAAACGAGGUCCAAAAGAAAAGGUGUCUCGAAGGCUGUGGACAUGUCUGUGUGGAAACACUCUGUUUUUCUUUAAUAAUGCCAAGGACACCCACUAUGUGGAGAAGCUGGACCUCAGCGGUUUUGUCUCGCUGAAGGACGACUGUAGCCGAGAUAGAAACCUGGAGGCGGCGCGACUCAUUUUACGCAUGAGAGACGGAGAAACUAAGCUCACUGCUCCCAACCUGGAGUCUCGGGAGCUGUGGAAGGGCUUCCUUUACUCAGUAGUAGAUCUGAAUGUUCCGGGUUGCCUGACGUUGCUGCCGGGUCAGGUGCAGAUGCUGAGAGAGGUGGUGGACAAGGAGAGGAGCAGACGGAGAGCCACCCGCACCCCCACCCGCGCCCCACCUUCACCCCUCUCCCUGCCCCUGCUAGGGGAGAUACCGCCGUGCUUCAGACCUGUGUCUCGUACAGAAGCUGAGGUCAUGUUAGAGAGACAUCCAGACUGUGGAAACAUGUUGCUCCGGCCUGGAAGAGACGGAUCCUCAUUGGCUGUCACAACCCGCCAGGAUCUUAACGGGUCGGUAUUCAGACACUAUCGUGUAACUCAGAGGGAACAAGGAGGAUAUGUGAUAGACGUGGAGAACCCAAUCCCUUGUGCAACCCUUCAUGAUGUCAUAGAUGCUCUAGUGGAGAAGACUGCGGGGACACUUCAGCCUUUUCUACUGGAGGAACCAUAUGAGGAGAAUAUCACGUACGUUUCCGCCAACGAUGAGAAUGGAGAGAGGAUUCUCCACUGUGCCCCAUCCAGCCCCUUGCCUAAAGCCCCUGCCCUACCUCCUAAACAAGGUACCCCAAACCCUGCGCUUCACUCACAUACACACAUACACGCACGCAAGCACCCUAACUGCUCCGCUUCUCCAGGCGUUCCAGAGCGGUGGCCCAGCAAACCUCUGCCCAGGUCACCAGCUCCUGACCGCCGUAUCCUGUCCGUGACGUCACCAGUGCCAUCCUCGCCCACGAACCCCAUGAGACGACUCAUCCUCUCCCCCUCUCCCCUGGCGCACACGCUCAACGAGGAGCUCAAACUGAAGCUGGAGAAGAGACGGACCAGUCAGGAGUGACUUCCUUAGGUGUGAAUGACGAGUCAACGAGAAAACCCCGCCCAACCCACAAAACACCUAACCCCUCAGUGCCAAACCACCAGUGACAGCAGCUAGCUCUCUUGUGCCUUCUGAUAGGUGGACUACAAAACCUGGUCCUAAAGACCUGCAGGAAGUUCAAGGCAGUGAUUGGCAGAAUGUUGUGUGUGUCAAUGGUUAAAAGUCUGCAAGUCUGCACACCCUGUAGUCUUGUAGGACCUGGUUUGGUUGGUGAACACUGGACUACUGUCAACUUUUGAAGUGCUGCACACAUUACUUGGGGAAAUGAACCCCUGCCAUCUGUGCUGUGUUCAUAAAUGAACUGUCCUCCAAAAGGAAUGCACAGUUAGGAAAUAUAUUUAAAAGAGACAAUUUUCAAUUGUGUUUGCCUAAUGUGGUGAUGGAUAUUGACACCUGAAAGUACACUGGAAGCACACAAAACAUAGAGGACCAAUUAAUGAGCCAGUUGUUACUCUUGUUCUGAUUCAGCCAAUGUCUGUUUGCCUGCUGUUGAUGUCAAUGUAUCAUCACCACCUUGAAAAAUGCAUCAGCAUUUUAGGUCCAGUCCAGAACUGAUAGCAUUGUUUCAGCUAAGUCUACAUGACCCUCCUUAGAUAAGAAUGAGUGAUAAUGCCAAAAUGGAAGAAAAGUCUGUUAACACUGUGGCAUGUGGACAUUGUCAGUUUGUGUGCAGUUUCGAAGGAAAACAAUAUCCCUGUAUCUUUUGAUCUCUGAAUCCAGAAUGUAUCAUUUGUGUUGCGGUUCUAUGAUGGUACGGUGCUAUGACUCUUUCCUUGACUUGUUUCUGAUGUUUGUAUUGUUGGUGCUAAAAUUCAAGUGAUUCCUUAUUCUCUACCUAUCUAUGUGCUACUGCUGUGUGGUGCUCAACUUUCCCAGUGCUAGAAUAACCUUGUUGUCUUAGGAUGGAGCUGUAAAAUGGCCCUUGAAAGGUAACAUGUUGUUGUUACUGUUAGUGACUAAACAAAUCUGGAAAAUUGUGACAGAUUUUACUAGUUGUCUCUGUGACAUUCAUAUCCAAAUGGACUUUUGUAUGAGGGUGCCCUCUUGUGGAAAUGUCUUCAUUAGACUGACUGACCACUAAAGCCUGGGCACAAGGUUAUUUAGUCCCAUUCAAGGUUGGCCUGUCGUCUACUGCAGCUCAUCGCUAUUAAUCCCUGCAGGCCUUUUAUAUUGAUCUGCACGAUAUCAAAAUGUGGUCAAAAGUGAGGCCUAUGAUACAGCCCUCAGUUGGGUAAAUUUCCACUGAGCAUGGGUGCAAUGGAGUGAUAACACUUGGGU